AUGGACGAUGCCGAGCCACUGGUUGUGGAAUCAAAAAUCAGCAUUUUCGGCGCUCCUUCGACGCUCAAUGUUGCUCGACAGCAACCACUCUCCAGCAGAACUUCGGUGAAACUCUGUUUCUUGAUCGGAUCCAGCGAGCUCGUGAAAGUUGUCGGCUCGUACGGGAUCCGGUACUACAAUGGCGAUACUUUUCCGAUGGACCAAACAUUUUUCGUGGUGCUCCUGGAGCUCAGCAAAGCUCUGGUCUGUUUCUUCGUGCAUACUCUCACGCACGAGGGCUCGGCCUGGUCACCGUUCAACUGGAGACUCCUUCUACCGAGCGUAGUUUACGCAAUGACGAACAACAUAUUCCUCCUAUCGCUGGCCUAUGUCACGCCGGCCGUGUGGAUGGUGCUCGUGCAAGCAAGGAUACCGCUGACAUUAUUUCUGUACAAAGUGUUAUUCCGGAGAAUCAUAAGCGGCUCUCAGUGGAUUGGAGCCUCCCUCAUGUGUAUCGCCAUCGGGGUUUGUCAGCUGCCGGAACUCAGUGCGGGAGUCACGCGCAAUCUCGCUGUUGCUUUCGUGCUCGCUUUGUUAAAUUCAGUUUUAUCGGCUAGCGCUGCCGUCUAUACGGAGUUGCUCUUCAAGAAUCCUCAGCACUCCAAUAUUUGGAAGCAACAGUUCCAGAUGUACACGGGCGGAGCUGUUUUCGCUCUGGUGCCGUUCAUCUACUCGUCUCUCGUCUUCCAAAAAGAACUGAUAUCGGAGGCUCCGGCGUCGAUCUGGUGCCUGGUAUUAUUGACGUGGUUUACGGCGGCGAUGCAUGGGAUCUGUGUCGCGCUCUUGGUGAAGAAAUUGGACAACGUCGUGAAAUAUCAAGUUGCGUGUGUGGUCCAUCUCCUGAAUUCCGGCCUGAAUCAACUAUUGUUCCCCGAUCGAUUCACACUGACCCCCCAUUUCGCCAUAAGCCUCAUCAUAUUAUUUUACGCCGUGCACGUAUACGAGAACAGAACGUUCGCUCUGACCAAGCGGUGA